AUGGACGGCUCGGACAACACCACCCCUGCUCUUCGCCCAACUCCCCGCCCGCUGGACCACUCCGCGCUGCCCCCCAACGCUAGCAGCCUGAAUCCGGGCUCCGAAUUCCUCCUCGGCUCCGACCAGCAGCGUCUCGCCGAGCCCCACGCCGGGCCCGGCCUCCGGCUCCUCCAGCCCGGCCCCGUCCCCGUCCCUGUUCCCGCUGUCCUGGGCGCCCCCCACGAGCCCCCGUUCUGGGACACGCCGCUGAGCCACGGGCUGAACGUGCUGGUGGGCGCCGCCCUGUGCAUCACCAUGCUGGGCCUGGGGUGCACGGUGGACGCCACCCGCUUCGGGGCGCACGUCCGGCGGCCGGUGGGCGCGCUGCUGGCCGCGCUCUGCCAGUUCGGGCUCCUGCCGCUGCUCGCCUUCCUGCUGGCCCUGGCCUGCGCGCUGGACGAGGUGGCCGCCGUGGCCGUGCUGCUGUGCGGCUGCUGUCCCGGGGGCAACCUCUCCAACCUCAUGUCCCUGCUGGUGGACGGCGACAUGAACCUCAGUAUCAUCAUGACCAUCUCCUCCACGCUGCUGGCCCUGGUCUUGAUGCCUGUGUGCCUGUGGAUCUACAGCCGCGCGUGGAUCAAUACCCCGUUGGUGCAGCUCCUACCGCUGGGGGCAGUCACCCUCACUCUCUGCAGCACCCUCAUCCCCAUCGGCUUGGGCGUCUUCAUUCGCUAAUACAAUCGGGUGGCCGACUACAUAGUGAAAGGUAAGAUGCAUGUUUCCCUGUGGUCUCUGCUAGUGACACUGGUGGUCCUUUUUAUAUUGACUGGCACUAUGUUAGGACCUGAACUGCUGGCAAGCAUACCUGUAGCUGUUUAUAUGGUGGCCAUUUUUAUGCCUCUGGCAGGCUACGCCUCAGGCUAUGGCCUGGCCACCCUCUUUCAUCUGCCCCCCAACUGCAAGAGGACGGUGUGCUUGGAGACGGGGAGUCAGAACGUGCAGCUGUGCACUGCCAUCCUCAAGCUGGCCUUCCCCCCACGUCUCAUUGGGAGCAUGUACAUGUUUCCCUUGCUGUAUGCCCUCUUCCAGUCUGCAGAAGCAGGGGUGUUCGUCUUAAUAUAUAAAAUGUACGGAAGUGAAGUAUUGCACAAGCGAGAGCCCCUUGAUGAAGAGGAAGACACAGACAUUUCAUACAAGAAACUCAAAGAAGAGGAAAUGGCAGACACUUCCUAUGGCACAGUGAAUUCCAAUAAUUUAGUGAUGGUGGAAACCUCUCAGACUUCUCUCUGACCAUCAGGAGAGAUGCAGGGGGAAGCUCUGUCUUGCUGGAAUAUCACUUUGUAUUUAUGGUCGGUGGUAGUGUACCACGUG